CACAGAGAAUAUAAAAACUAUUUUAGGACAAGGAAGACAGUCACUGAUGUUACACUAUUACCAGCCGCUCAACAAGCGUACUUAGGGGAGCGCAAUUCUGUCGCCUGGGAAAUGUUCCUGUACAUUAUUGGACUGGUGGCUUUUUGGUUUGUGUUCCGCUGGUACAGGGAACUCGCGAGAGUACCCAAUAAAGGAGAGAAGUAUGUCUACAUCACUGGCUGUGACUCUGGGUUCGGGAACCUUCUGGCCAGACAUCUGGACAAGCUGGGCUUCUGUGUGAUCGCAGCCUGCUACACUGAGAAGGGGGAGGACGAACUGAAGAAGGUGUCUUCUGAACGAUUGAACACAGUCCACCUGGAUGUCAUCAGCACUGACAGUGUCAACAAAGCAACAGCAUUCAUCAAAACCUUGGUUGGGGAGAAGGGUCUGUGGGCUGUGGUGAACAAUGCUGGAGUCUCUGUACCAUCAGGCCCCUGUGACUGGAUGACCGUCGACGACUACAAGUCCAUGUUGAAUGUUAACCUUAUUGGAGUCAUUGGUGUGACUCUGAGUGUCCUGCCCCUCAUCAAGAAGGCCAGGGGCAGGGUGGUGAAUGUGGCCAGCGUGUUUGGGAGGAUAAGCGCCUUUGGCGGUCCCUACUGUGUGUCAAAAUAUGGAGUGGAGGCUUUCAAUGACAGUCUACGGAUGAACAUGUCAGCGUUUGGAGUUAAAGUCCUGUGUCUUGAACCAGGAUUUUUCAAAACAAGUGUGACUGAUCUAAAUCUCCUGAGAAAAAAUGUGAAGACAUUGUGGGACAAUCUGUCUGAAGAAAUCAAAGAUCAAUAUGGACAUGAUUACCCAGAGAGAGCAAAUGUGACAUUGGAGAAGAAUGUUGCGACGUUGCUGGAUGGGGACCUGAUGAAGGUUGUGAGCUGCAUGGAGCACGCCAUCUCUGCUGUCCACCCUCGGACACGCUACUCACCUGGCUGGGAUGCCAAGUUCUUAUGGUUGCCAAUGUCCUACAUGCCAACUUGGAUCGCUGACAAAAUGCUCUUAAAAGAUAUGGCCAAACCAACAGGAUCUAUUCUUUAAUGUUAAUGGUUGUCUGACCAAAAGUAAGAACAAGUCUUUAUUUACACCCACGGGACAGCAAGAAAAAUGCCAUACGUUUUUUCCGAUGAGAAAAAAAGUAUAGCAUUUGAUUCAACCAAUGAAUGAAAAAUGAACAUUCAUUUGUUUACAAACUUAAACAGAGUUGGGAUUUGCAUUUUGUCUAAUCACAUUUUGUAUUUGUACGGUGUUUCACUGGUCUGAUAAUAAAAUGUAAUGGAAAGAG